AAAGAGAAGAAGCUUCCGUGAAUCAUAGUGGAUGAAAGAGUGAAGGCGGAAUGUGAUUCUGUCAUCUUUUUUCCCAUUCACAUGAUUUGAAGGGACGAGGAUGAAUCUUCUAUCAGCAGUUGUCCCAACACGGCGAGUGUAGGGGUCACCGCUGGCUUCGUGGGGGCAGCUCUUGGGAGCUCUGGUGUCCCUUCGGGCACGGGUCCCCCACCCAGCCUGCCCCUACGUAUGCACGGUGCUAUUCGAAGAUUCAAAGAAAUGGGAUCGAGUAGCGUUAACUUAGCCCCCGCUGAGGAUGGAGAUUGUUCGGCGGUGAUCACACGACGAAGGAGAACUUCAUCGGCUGGGGGCAUCGGUGGCCGCCCCAGCGUCGGCUACCGACUAGGGCGCAGAAAAGCUCUUUUCGAAAAAAGAAGAAGAGUGAGUGAUUAUGCCCUCAUUAUGGCUAUUUUCGGAAUCGGAGUGAUGGUCGCAGAAACUGAAUUUUCAGCUGCCGGCAUCUACAGCAAGGCUUCUGUUUUCUCUAUUGCUCUGAAGACAAUAAUAUCCGUCUCAACAGGUUUUCUCUUGGCUCUCGUCUUGACCUAUCAUGCCCUCGAAGUUCAGUUGUUCAUGAUAGACAAUGGAGCUGAUGACUGGAGGAUUGCGAUGACGUGGCGUCGAAUCUCCAACAUUCUGCUGGAGGUGGCCAUCUGUUCGAUUCAUCCUCCACCAGGAGAAUUCUACUUCCUCUGGGUGACCAAACUUCCCAACCACGGCAAUAGGAUUGCUUCGAGGCAGGUGCCCGUGGACGUGAUGCUCUCCCUCCCCAUGUUCUUGCGCCUCUAUCUCAUCUGCAGGGUGAUGCUGCUCCACAGUAAGUUGUUCACGGACGCGUCCUCGAGGUCCAUCGGAGCACUCAACAGAAUCGAUUUCAAUACGAGGUUCGUGCUCAAGACCCUCAUGACAAUUUGCCCUGGAACGGUUCUGCUCGUUUUCAUGGUCUCUCUCUGGAUUAUCGCAAGCUGGACCCUCAGGCUCUGUGAGAGGUAUCACGAUCCAGAACAUGCGAAUUUGCUCAAUACGAUGUGGCUCACUGCCAUAACAUUUCUUUCUGUGGGUUACGGUGAUAUAGUUCCCAACACUUACUGCGGCAGAGGUAUAUCUGUCAGUACUGGCCUUAUGGGUGCUGGCUGUACCGCUCUUGUGGUGGCUGUUAUAGCACGAAAGCUGGAACUGACACGAGCUGAGAAACACGUUCAUAAUUUCAUGAUGGACACUCAGCUUUCGAAAAGACUAAAAAAUGCUGCAGCAAGUGUAUUGAGAGAAACGUGGCUCAUAUACAAGCAUACAAAACUCGUGAAGCACGUGUGUCCUGGAAGAGUGAGACUGCAUCAGAGGAAGUUCCUUCUGGCCAUCUACACGCUUCGAAAAGUGAAGUUGGAACAGAGGAAACUAAUGGAUAACGCCAAUACCAUAUCAGACAUGGCAAAAACCUCCAACAGCAUUUAUGAGGUUGUAAGUGACCUAAGUCAGCGCCAACUUUCUCUGGAGGAUCGUCUUCAGAGUGCAACGGAACGCAUCAUAGCCAUUCAGGAGACGCUGGAUACUCUUCCAGACCUCAUCAUGUGCAGAAUCCAGGCAAUUCGAAAACCGAGUUAUCAUCAUCCAGGCACGGGUCCUUCCUGGGCAAGCAUAUCAUCUGUCAAUUUGCCAACACCACAGAGGCGAACCAGCACCUUAGGAUUGCCAACCAAUGUUCCGCGAUCAGGUUCUGCGAACAAUUAAGAGAAUCGAAUACUAUAACAACGAGUAUAUGUUGGUGUUCCUUUUUUGUUUCAUCAACUUUGAAUAUUUUGUUUUGAAUUCAUUUUUUUCUUCUUCAAAGAAUGCCAUUUUUUUAAAAUCGAGACUAAAAAAUAAGAGCAUUUCAUUUGUUACAUAUGGAACAUUUUAAAACCAGAUCAGUCCGAUUUCAGGAUUAUUAAGAGGCCGUCCGCAAGUUAUGUGAGGCUGAAAGGUGAGGGAAAGAUUUAUGAUAAGAGAAAGAGUUUAAAGAGAGAAAGUUUAGAGUUGGAUUAAAAUAAAAAAAAUAUUUAAUUAAAAUUUAAUAAAAAAUAUUUAAUAAAUAUUAAAUAUUAAAAAUAUUCAAUUUAAAUAUUUUUACAUACAUUUUUUUAAAUAUUUUUUUUUCAUUUUGCAUUUGUUUUAAAAUGAUGACAAUUCUGUUUUCUUCCUAGGAUUUUGUUUCGUUGUCUCGUUGGGUUUUUUUUUCUUUUUUUUAUCGAAAACAUCUGAUGCUGAUUAAGGUUUAAAUUAGUCCUAGUUAAUAGUUUAAAACUAAAAGGAAAUUUCAAGUAUUUUUGCUUUUAAGAAAAUGUCGGGUAGAUCAAUUUCCUAAAAUUUGAACAGUUUAAAGAGAAAGUCUUAACGAAAUAAUGCAAAUUUUAUUUAGAACUCCAACAUAAUACUGUUUUCAAUUGCCCUUUUAUAAUAAUAUUUUAUUACUGUUUUUUAUUGUAAAUCUUUUUCUUACUUCUUACAAAAUAAGUAAACAUUAAUGCACGUAUUUUGAUUGCAUUUAUUUUAAUUAUAAGUCAUUGUUAUUGUUAUGGUCCAUUAAAACAUUUGGUUAAAGUUUAAAAAUAAAAUCUGAGAUAUAAUCUAGUUGGAGAGAGGUGGACAUGGGGCUAAAGCGAAUAACGUUUUUUAUUGAUUGGUCUCUUUGAGAUCUCGUAAAUUCACAACAACACUUCCGUGUGUAGAUCCCUCUGGGAAUAUAGACUUUUAAAGGGCAAAAAUAACUUUUCUUUACUCUCUUUACUUAGUACUUUUAUUAGCGUAUUUUAUUUUACGAAUUUCAACUGAAGGUGAUAACGUACAAUAAAUGAUACAGUGUUGUACCUAUUUUAAUAUUAACUUUUGAUCUCUAUAGUGUCAAUUAAUCAGUGUAAUGCAUGAAAAAAAAAAGAAUGUCUUCGUUGGGCUAAUGUAGGCACACGGAAUAGUGCGGACGUGGUUUAUGUGGAUUUUUUCGUUUCAAAGUUUUCAAUAUUAUUUUCCUUUUUUUUAACCUCAACGAUAUGAGAUCGAUAUGUAUAAAUUUAAACUUCUUGACUACAUUGACUCAAUAAGAAUUAACGACUAGUGAAGAUUUUUUUUAGUAAAAUAAAAAAAAACAGUGUUAUGUUAGUGGAAUGGAAGAUGUUUAUAGAUUUGGAGAUUAUGACGUUCAUAUAUAAAAACGUUGGUUCUUCUCUAGAACAAAUUGUUGCCAAACUUCCGUUGCCAAUGAAUUGCAUAUCAAUACGCAUGCGUUUUAUUGCUUUGAUAAAAUAAAAAAAAUUCCAAACUUCUAUAAAGUAAACCAAACUGAGUAAUGGUUUUCAAAUGUAUUUGAUUUGUAUACAAAAUGUCUUUCUUGGUAUAGUGAAAUGCUUUACACAUUAGUAUUUUAAUUAAUAAGUGUCAAAAUUUAUUCUUCAAUAAGGCUUAGAUUCUUAUAUAAUUUCAUUUUAGCAUUAGAUACACUUUUUUGAAUUAUAUUUAAUGUCGACCUAACAAAUUAUCAAGUUUGUCCACACUACAGCCCCGUUGUAGCAAGCCUUUUUUUAAAAAAGAAUUGUAUCAAAAACUAAAGAAAUUUUUACAUCCAGAUUUAAACUAGAAUGCAGUAAAACGUCCGUAAAAAAAAUUCAUCAGA